AUUCCUUUGUGCCGUGCCAUUGCCCUGCGUUCUACCGAGCAUCAAGGCGUGAACCCACCUGAAUCCCCGGCCAAAGGGUCUUUUUGAUGGGACUCCCGCAGGCAAUUUAACAUUCUCGAAUUCCCAGCCGAGCGGACCCUUUGUAGCAACAGAUACAUUGUUGCUUGCAGAAGUUCCAUUUUCCACUUUACACGCUUCUUCAAGCUGUCCCUUCUUCGACCUCUAGGCAUAGAACAGCCAGUCACGACAUUUUUACAUCGACGAGGUCGUUUUUUCUUUCUCUUACACGUGGUGCGAAGGGUCAACUUCAAGCAACAUCGCGCAACGACUGAGGAUACCUUCGCACAUUGACGACUCGGCAUCCUUGACAAGUCGGCAGCGACUUUUAUACGGCUGUGAAGCCUUUCCGUGUGCAUGGCCACGCUAUCAUCCAGGAUGGCGGCCUUUCAGUCACUUGAUGAAUCGGUUCAUCGGCCUGGACCUGCGGACGGCUUUGCGCGCCAUUCCGUGCUUGCACCGCGGCGCGAAAUGCUUCGCAACUUCUCCUACCCGACCCGAGCUGUGAAGCCCGCUUCGCGGUUGUCGACAGCACAAACACCCAGAACUCCAUGGCAAUCACUUGACGAGAAAUCCCCGUCACGAGGCACGAACGACAAAAAAGAACCAGCAUCGUUGAAACCAGAGUAUUUGGCGUACUUGUCGCUUCUCGAACCCGAAUCAUCACCCGAGGACGAUGAGGAACCACGCAACAGUGUGAUUUGCGAGAAAUGUUCAAAGAAGCUCGAUCCUGUCGAUGAGAAGUCGCUGGAUGAUCAAGAUGGUGAGGCUGAGAUCCAUGCCAUGACUACGGUGGAGACCACCAUCGAGGCUUCACCACAGCCACAUCGUCCUAAACCCGUCGACGUCGAAGCCUGCAGGAACCAGGAGGCCACCUUGGACGUUGGCUCGCCCUCCAGCCCAGAGAGGAGCCCGGUCUCGCCUGCUUUCCUACAGCGCGGGUUUUCAAGGCGACGGAAGUCAACGACCCAGAGCCAGUACAGUUCAGACAGGAGCUCGGUGGAUGGAGGCAGCGUACACACAAUGCAGACGGCGAAGCUGAGCAAGAGAAGCUCGCGGGAGGCCAAGAGCGGCUGGCUCUCGCAGAUCAAGGAGUGGACGAGCGUAGCCGAGCCGUCGAGCCAGGCCAUCAAGCAGCACAAGGUCGAGACAUUUGGCAAGGCGGGCAUCGCGCCGAAUGACCCCCGCGCGAGAGCGAAGCUGAAUCUUCCGACGGCCACCCUGCCUCCCGAGGCGAUCAAACCUGCGGGCCGCCCACUGAAGCCGGACGAAAUCAUGAGGCGGCAGGCUGGGGAGCGCAAGAAGCAGGAACGGGAGGAGCGGUGGUCAAUGUCUUCGUCGGCCGGCCGGCUAUCUCAUGCUUCGCGAUCCAGCAUGAGCGGGCACUCGUCCAGCAGCAGCUUGGGGCGCACAUGCCACAGCAAGGCAGAAUCCUAAAACGCGAAGCAGGCAGGCAUUGGCGUGGUGAUGCGUUGAGCAUGUAUGUUACAACAGUCGUUUUGUGGUGGGGUUUAUUUUUUUCAUCGCCCGCAUUUUAGGAUAAAUAAUAACCGGAGAU